GAUAGGAACAUCCAAAGAUGACUCUGGAAGAAGAAAUGAUAAGAUUUCAGCGUGAAGAACUUUUCAAACAUAACGCUUUACGGAAUUGUAAACAGAAACUGGCUGUCACGGUCAAGACAACAAGCGUCCCCAAUCAAGCCUUUGGAGAUGAAUAUAUACCGAUUGAACAUGUAUUAGGUGCUAAUAAGAAAAAAAAUCGUCUUCUUAACCCUUACGUUUUACGUUUGCGAAGAAAGUUGCCUUUUCAAAGUUAUAAGCUACAUAGAAUUGAUACAGUGACUGGAAUCAUAUGGCAGUCCUUUGACAAAAAACGUAUGGCUUUCAAUGAAAGUGUCAAAAAAUUAGGCAGUCGCGUUCAGUCGUUCACUGGUCAGGGUGACCGGCCUCGCGCCGCCUCGCGCUGGCUCGCGCGGGUUCGUUCUCUCCCCGCGCAUUGCCGUCGUUCCGAAAACCAGUUCUUUAUGGAACGUGAUUGGAAAGUACCUAUAAAAGAAACACAAGAACGAAACAUUGAUGUUGUUGAUAAAAAUAUUAAAAAUGACAUGGUUGUAUUGGAAAUUGACCAAUCUAAACCUUACAAUAUUAAUUUUGAUUGGACAAAUAACUCUAAAGAAAUCAAUACAGAAAAAUAUUUCAAUGAAAUAUCAGAAGACAGUAUUAUAGAACAUGGUAAUACGACAAACGAAGAAUACGAGCUUGCCCUUUAUAAAAUUGGUGAUCCGGAUUUAUGGUAUUCUGCUCAUGUGCAGCUUUAUGAAAAAAUGACAUCUCCUGAAGGAAAAAUAUUGUGGAAUGAUCUAACAAAACACGCCAUAGCAAGCGUAAGUACAAAAAAUCCAAAUUGGUCAAAUCAAGAUGUUAACAUACAAUACAAAUCAAUCGAAUUGUUAGCCAGAGAUGAUUUUGAUCUUCCUACAGAAAGCUUAUGUUUGAUCGUACCUUUAAAAUCAGCUAAAUUUGGUGAUUUUAUCAUCGUACCAUCAGAUGAUAUCAUUACAUUAAAUGAUCAAAAAGAUAUAAAUAAACGAAAUGAUAAUACUUUUGGUUCUGGUGGCAAAUCAGCUAUUGAAGACAGUAGACAGUUCCACCCUAGAGUAGCAAUUAGAACGACAAGGGCCCUGUUCGGUGGAAAUUACAAUAAUUUCAAAAUUAUUACUCGAGGAUCUGAUCAAUUUCUCAAAUUACCCCAUUCGAAACCUCAUCGAGCGCAAAUAGACGUUGAAGUAAGGGCUGAUGAUAAUGAACUCAUAUUGGUUGGAAUACAAGGACGAUUGCCAACAAUUGUAUCUGAUUCAACUCGAAUGGCGUUGGUGAAUGAUAAUGAUGAAGCAGUAGCAGUUCGGGAUGUUAAAAUCAAAAGAGAUGACCGUUGCUUUUGUGUAUGGCAUUGUGACUGUGUGUGCUUGAGUGAAGAUCCUAAUCUUUUGUGCCGACCUUUAUCAGACGCCCAACUCAUUGCGGCAGGGCUUUCGACGCAGGAGAAAUCGCACCAUAUUCGUUCAGUAUGCUAUAAGGACGUGAUGACACUUAAUCUAUUUGUGAUCUGCGUGGGUUUGUGGGGCCUUGAUUUGUUGUUACAAACACCAAGGAAGCUCGACCGAUACUACGAGAAUUAUCUUAAAUGCCGAACUGUGGUGUAUGACAAUGAAGGCUGGCCGAUUCAUCCUGAUACGAAGCAGCGGAGCGUGCGCCUUAUUAGCAAGCCGAUGGAGUUCAUAUUAAAUCUCAUAUUUUUUAUCACACUACCAUGCCUUUUGAUUUGUGAUGCUCUUAAGAAAGUUGUAUCGUGUUGUAAUGCUGCUGAACAAAAAAUAGAUGGGAAAUACAGACACAGAGACACUGAAAAAUGUUUUAGUUCAUGUGACGUGCAGGGUCUCGUGCCGAAUAGUCGUCAUCGUCAUAAAGAUCUACACCGAUGGAUGUCACCGCAAGCCGAGGAACUCUCUACAGGCAUUUGGCAAAAAGGUCUCAAUCUACAAGGCAAAGAUACAUCUAACUGUCUACAACCGCUUCUUCGUAAGGAAAAAUACUGUGGAAAACAUACAGACCAAAUUUCGUGCUUGGAUUCUGAACACGAUGAAACUGAAUAUAUUUUGAUGCAAAUGCAAAAGAGUAAGGAGUCUGUAGAAAUUUAA